UUCGAGUUCCAUCGCAAUGGAUCUUUCUUAGGACUAAGCUGGAAGGCACCAGCUGUUUUUAUCGCUUUGUUUGGUUCAACCAGAGCUGGAGCUGGAGCAUUGUAUCAAAGAAGCUGCAACUGUUUUUGCUACUUGCUGUUUUUGCUGUGUGAGCUAGAUCUUUUGUUUGUACUGGGAAAUGUCUGCGCCAAAACAGUCCAGCGAAGCUGACGACAUGUUGGAUUUCCUUGAUUCCCUUCCUGACCAUAAGGAUAACUCUGCAACUGCGAUCAAAGCUGAUGGUCCUGAUGAUGAUAUAUUAGACUUUUUGGAUGAAUUGACACAAAAUGCUGACAAGUCAAAGUCUUCUUUAAAGCCGGUCAAGUCUUCUCUUGUUCAAUCUGCCAAUGAUUCCUCUUCUUUAUUAUCUCAAAAGAGAAAAAGCGAAUCUGAAAUCACAAAAAAAGUUGAGUUUAAAGAACCUGAAAUCGACAAAGAAGAAAAAAAACCUCUUGACGAAAAAAACAACAUUACUGAAGUUGAGAAACCUGAAAACAAAGUUCAAUUGGACCAAUCCACUCCCGAAGACACCAGAAAUGACAACAAGAACAACAACAAUAACAUAAUUGUCAAUGACCCAAUAACUUCCUUUUCAAAUUGGUGGGGCUCAUCAGGUUCAAAGACUGUUAACUCAUUUUUCGAUAGUGCUUCUCAUGCAGUUGAGGACUUUUCUUCAAAGGCAAAAGAAAAAAUCAUUGAGACUGGUUCUAAAUCGUCAACUCAAAUGCCCAACCCUGAUCAAAUUUCAAGAACAAUAGAAACCUCAACCGAAAAAGUUGGAGGUUUUCUAAACUCUUUUGUAUCUCAAAUUAAAUCAACAACUUCUCAUCUAUCUCAGCAACAAUCCUUUAAAACAUAUUAUCAAUACGACGAAGUUUUAAAAAUAUAUCUAAUUAACGAUCAAUUAAAAAAUUUUAAUUAUUUUAAUUAUUUGGUUUAUAAAAAUUUUAACAAGGUCUUGAGUCAAGUUCAAGGUUCUAUUUUAAUUGAAAUCAACAACAAUUUCUCAAAUUCAAAUAACAAUGAAAAUUUCAAAUUAAUAUCUUUAUUAGAAAUGGCUAAAUUAUAUGAUGACGAUUCUGAUUCAAUCAAGAAAAAAUUAGAUUUCUUCACUGGUAGUGAUUUAAAUGCCGAAAAAUUAUUAACCGCUAACAUUGACGAUGGCAUUAAAACUUUAGCUACUAUAAAUAAAAAUUUAUCAACAAUUGAAAAGCUUCAACAAAAGGAAAUAAGUUCAAGACUAUCUCAUAUUUUUAUAACUGUAAUUCCAACAGUUUCUGGUACAAAUAAUUUAAGCCAAGAAAAUUUCAUUAAAAUUAAAGAUGACGAUAAAUCUAAUUUCCAAUUUCUAUUUAUCUUAAAGGAUUUAGAGCAUGAUAUAACUAUUGAAUUAAAAAGUCAAUCUUUUCCAAUAAAAUGGGCUUAUUGGCUAAGUGAUUCCCCUAAUCUCACUCUAAAUGGUGAUGAUAAUCAGCAAGUAGAUCAUGAAAACAACAAUUUAGAAGAUUAUAUUGACCAAACUGAUUGGGUGAAAGACUGGGUUAAAGAUGGCUUGAAUUUAUCGAUUGGAAUGUUGGCUCAAAAUUAUAUAAUCGAAAGGAUGGGCUUUUAAACUGUGGUUGUUUUUUUUUGUUUUUUUUUUGAUUUCUUUCAUAUUGGUUUUACUGAAUGAGUUUUUCU